AUGACGGAUAAAGAUCUUGAAAUAAUCAAGGAUUACGGGGCACCAGUUAUUUUAGUUAGUGAUUCACCAGAAUAUCCAAAGGCGUGUGUGAUUUCCUUGAAAAAGGACCUAUCUUUACAAGAGAAGUUAGUAUAUGACCAGGAAGAAGAAGGAUAUAUGAAGGGAGAAGCGGGUAUGGGAGUGGAGAAGAAGGAGAAGGCGAAGAAGGCGCAGGAGAUGAAGGAGAUGAAGGAGAUGAAGGAGAUAGAUGAGAUGGAAGGGAUAGAUGAUGAAUUAAUAGUAGAAAUAUCAUCAACAUUAUCAUCUAGUUCAGUAGAUAUAAUAGAUUGUCAGAUGAAAGAAGAUGAGACAGAAUAUUGGGAUGUAAAGGGAGAAUUUUGUAAGAAUACGAAGUCUAUUUUAUGUACAAUUGAUGAAUUUUCUAUGGAUGUUAUGAAAAAGUCAAUGGGAAUGAAUAUGGAGUGUAAUUCUAAGAGAUCAGAGGAAUUAUAUAAUAUAGAGGAAGAAGAAAGAUUGGGAAAAGUUGUUAAGAUUGAUCAGAAAGUAUUAGAGAAUACAAGAAAGAGAGUUGAAAAAAAACGAGUUUCAGCUUUAAAAAGUGUAAAUAAACUGAAAACCUCCAAGAAAGAGUGUAUAAAGGAAAUGAUUGUUAAUAUAGAUAGGAAUAUAUUAUCAUCAUCUAUGGGAAGUAUAUUAUCAGGUCUUUUGGAGGGUGCUAGUUGUGAAUAUGUAGAAUGGUCAAGUCCAAUUCCGAAUUUAAUAUAUUGGAAAAGAAAGGUUAUAGCAGAAUAUAGUGAAAGUCAAGGGUAUUUUGUUCCAAUUCCAGAGACUAUUCAACCAGAAAAGUUUAUCUUGAUUUAUACAAAGGCGUCAGAGUUAUUAGAACAAGAAUCAGAGACAUAUGUAGAUGAAUUGGUUAAGAAGCUAAGAGAUGAAUUUCCUGAACUCAAAAUAAUAUUUAUUAUUGAAUCAAUUGAUGCAUUAUUAAAAAAAGUAAAAAAUAAUAGGAAUAAACGUUAUGUUGAUGCUAUGAGAGCUGUUAUUGAGACAAAAAAUUCAGAAAAUAUCUUUAUUCCAUCAGAAGAGACAGAAGAAAAGAUAGAAAAUAUAUUGCUUCGUUUACAAUUAAUACACAAUGUUUUUAUUGUAAAUACAUCAAGUGUAGAAAAUAGUGCAGAAUGGAUUUUUAUUCUUACUGGAGAUAUUUCAACUAUACCUUAUAAAAAGAUGAAGUUGGAACUUUCAACGUCUUUUUGUAUGGAAUCUGGACAAAUAAAGACGGGUUCAGAUGUUAAAGAUACAUAUACUAAAUUACUUCAAACAAUUUAUAAAGUAACUCCACAAAUAGCAGAUGCUAUAGUUGAGAAAUACUCAAAAAUAUCAGAUUUAGUUUAUGCUUUUCGUGAAAAUGGACCUGAUGCUUUGUCAGAUUUAACAAUUGGAAAAUUAACCAAACGUAAAAUUGGAGGAGUUUUAUCAAAAAGAAUAUUUCAUGUAUUUAUGACCUCUGACAGUACAGCAAGUGCUAUUUAG